AUGUCGGAGAAAACGGCAGUAUUUGUGUAUCCAGUCGCCGCACAAGCAAGAGAGCAACAACUUAAAUCGCAAGAAGCUGCCAUGAUGUCACUAGAAGGACUAAAAACAUUCAGUUGCCUGGAAGAGUUGAUCUUGGACAACAAUCUCCUCGGAAAUGACCUUCGGUUACCCAGGUUACCUCACCUCCAUACCUUAACACUCAACAAGAACCAAAUAACAGAUUUAGAAAGCCUGCUGGAUCACUUGGCUGAUGUGGUGCCCUCCUUGGAAUACCUCAGUUUACUAGGAAACAUGGCUUGCCCAAAUGAACUGGUCAGCAAGGACAAGGAUGAGGAUGACUACCAGAGGUACAGGUAUUUUGUUCUGCACAAAUUAACCACCCUGAAAUUUCUUGAUACUCGGAAAGUAACCAAAUGGGAGCGUGAGGAAGCCUUGUUACGAGGUGCCUUCAUGAAAGUGGUAAAGCCCAUGGAUGCUAAGGAGUCUACUAAGCGGCUUCCGCUUUGUGAGGUCGAAUCGCAGCUGGAGCCCGCUACAGAGGGGAGAUACACACGUUCUUUCUUUUUUGUCGCUUUCUUAAAUCUAAAACAAACCAUUCAAACUGAAAGUAUAAGGCUGGGUUUUUUUGUAUGUAGCAAACAUAAUAAGAAACAGAAAUGCUACCUAAAUCAGAAUCAGGGAUUGGGUAGGAAGAAUGUUUCGGCAAGAGUCUGCACCACAGCACGUGGAUUUGGCAUUGGCAACAGGGUCCCUAGGAAUGAGGAACAGGUUGGAAUGCAUUCAGUUGGAAGUGGGGUGGCUGAAGGAAAAGGAAAGGAGGAUGACCAGCUGUUUGGGCUGGAGAGGAAGGAAGGAGUAGGCCCAGAGCUGGAAGGCAAAAGAUCCCAAGAUCAACUUCACUGA